AUGACCAAACUCGAUGAACCUGUUGAUGAUUUUUACCCGCAUUGCUGCCUUCCGCAUCACCCUGUAUUCAAAGAAUCGAGCACCAGCACAAAGAUCCGUGUAGUCUUCGACGCAUGCUGCAAGACGUCGUCUGGUUUUUCAAUAAACGACCUGCAGUUAGUUAGUCCAGUAAUUCAAGACGAUUUGCUGUCGAUCGUCUUACGUUUCCGCAAACACCCAAUAGCCCUUGUAGCAGUCAUCGAGGAGAUGUAUCGCCAGGUGAAAAUACAUCCGAAUGAUUGCGUCUUCCAACGAAUCCUUUGGCGAACCGAUCCCCAACAUCUCAUCCACACAUGUUACGUACGGUUUUGCGAACUCCAAACAGUUACGUACGGUUUUGCCUCAGAACCAUUUCUGGCCACCCGCGCACUCCAACAGGUGGCCGAAGAAGAAAGCGACAAGUAUCCCGUGGCGGCAGCAAUAUUUAAAAGCGACUUCUACAUGGAUGACUGCCUUACAGGUGCAAAUGAUAUUCGUUCAGCUAUUGAGUUCCGCCAACAAGCCAAUUCUGCCGGUUUUCCAUUAAAAAAGUGGGCUUCCAACGAAUCAGCUGUCUUACAAGAAAUUUCGGUAGAAGAUCUAGCCGUUUCGCUUGUUCAUAGCCUUCAAGCUGAACAAUCUGUUUCGACUCUUGGUUUUGUGCGGGAGACCAAAACCGAUGUGCUUCGCUUCCGUGUACAGCUACCGUUACCUGCAGCUGUGCUAACUAAAAGGAAAAUAAUGUCCUAUAUUGCCCAGAUCUUUGAUCCCCUCGGGUUGGUGGGUCCUGUAAUCACAGUUGCUAAACUGUUCAUGCAGUUGUUAUGGUCGCUUAAAACCGAAGAAGGCCAUACAUACAAAUGGGAUCAUCCACUACCGCCGCAGUACCAGGUUGACUGCAAAACAUUCCACGGGGCGCUAGACACCAUCACCACUCUUAAGGUUCCACGAUUCACAUCACUGGCCCAGGCAACGUUGAUCCAGCUGCAUUUUUUAUCAGAUGCCUCUGAGAAGGCGUACGGCAGCUGCUGCUACAUGCGUUCCGAAUGUGCCGAAACAGUACGAGUUUGUCUAUUAACAGCGAAGUCGAAGGUAGCCCCCCUAACCAGCCACGACUCUAUCGCUCGCCUAGAAUUGUGUGGAGCAGUUUUGUCGACUACGUUGUAUGAGAAGGUUUCUCGUGCUCUCCAGGUUACCACCGACGUUUAUUUUUGGACAGAUUCCACCACCGUUCUCCAAUGGCUGCAAUCAACCCCGGCACGUUGGAAGACAUUUGUUGCGAACAGAGUAUCCGUGAUUAAGAACAAAACCGAUAUCAAAUCUUGGAAACACGUCCCCGGUGUAUCAAACCCCGCCGAUGCCUUAUCACGUGGAAUCAGUUCAACUGAAAUCUCUGACCAUCCACUCUGGUGGACUGGAGCUCCAUUGGCUUGCCUUGCCAACGAAGAAUUGGCCUCAAACAGAACUAUCAAGUGCUACAACAGUUUCCAUCCCCGAAGAAAGAACUCCCGUGGUGCCGAUCAAACCGAAGAUUUCGCCUCUUGA